AUGACUUCAACUCCAACGCCAAUUCCACGACCAGAGCCUGUAGCAAGCAGCGAUGGACCUAAAUCAAGUACCGCAGCGCCCCCGACAACGAAGCCAGACACUCCCAAUACUGCCCCGAGACAAUACGUCGAUGAUCUCAUGCCGUCCGAAAACUAUUUCGCAACCUGGUACUUUCUCAACCUGGCAGCACUAGCGACAAUCGGCAGCCUCUCUGUGAGGCCAUCGCCCUCCGGCGACGAAGACGCCAAGCUCCUCCUCGCCAUCCCCGCCACGGUCUUCUUCUUCAUCACAGGGGCCGGCGUGUUCAUCAUGACGUACGGCGUCUGGCCCCGUACGGGCCAUCAGCGAAUCCUGAGCAGUAUACUGGGCUUCACUGCCACGCUCAUUUACGGGAUCACGGUCCCGAGCUGGACCGUUGGCGUCGGGCAGACUCUGGGGCGGGAGUUCUGCCUGCUGAGCGGAUUUCACGUUGGGUUUUGGAUUGAGGGGGUGACGGGGCUCAUGGGGCUGGUUCUCGAGGCCCUCAAGAACUCGAAGGAGGAGCCUCUGCCGAGGAAGAUUCGUACUGUUGGCGGCAAGGAUGCGGCCAAGACUCAGUCUUCCUCUUCGUCCGGCGCGGCUCAGAACCUUUGA